GAGUAUAUUGGAAGUGUGCGAGAGUCGGGUCCGAGCACGGUAUUUUGCACAAGACAGCAACCUCUGUGGCUCUCUGUUUCUACUACCAAAAUCCUCAGUAGUUCGAAGAAGAAGAAGAAGAAUUCAAACAAAAAUGUCGUCUGUUGGCACAUUUCAACUACUACUACCUCCAUUUCCUUCCUCUUCCUCUUCUUCUUUUACCAAUACAACCCUUUCUCUUCGUCCUCUCCCCUUCCCCACUUCGCCUCUGCAGCGCCACGCCCACCUGAAUCGUAGUUUGCAACAUUCCGAUGCAAUUUCGCUUCAACAAAGAUCGAAAUCUGGACGGAAUUUCGGAUCCUUCCGCUGCUUCUCGGCAUUGUCUCCGGAGCUAAAAACAACAAUUGACAAAGUCAUUACGUCGGAGAAAGUAGUUUUGUUUAUGAAGGGAUCAAAAGACUUCCCACAAUGUGGAUUCUCCCACACCGUAGUACAAAUAUUGAAGUCUUUAAAUGUGCACUUCGAGACUAUAAACAUUCUAGAGAACGAACUAUUAAGACAAGGACUGAAGGAGUAUUCAAGUUGGCCAACCUUUCCCCAGCUGUAUAUUGAUGGAGAGUUCUUUGGUGGUUGUGACAUAACAGUUGAAGCAUACAAAAGUGGAGAAUUGCAAGAAGUGUUGGAGAAGGCCAUGUGUUCUUGAAGCCCAUUGACAAUGCUUCUUGACUUGAUUUUUGGUGAUGGAAAGAUGUAUAUCAACGUGACAUUUAUGUUACUCAAGGCUUCAUUACAAAAGGGUAAAAAAACAAUUACUUGUUUGUUUUAAUGUCUACUACUCGAAUGGUUAAAGAAAAAUAGUAUGGUGCGAUUGGUUGAACUGUGUAUAAAUUGGUUCAAACACUUGAAAAAAGUUUAGUGUACCAUACGAAAAAUAGUAUGGUGCGUUUUGAAAAUGUUAAAUAUGUAAGUGUAUCAUACGAAAUUAAAAGUUUAGUGAACACAACAUAAAAAAGUUUCAAGGAUA